AUGGCCACCGAAGUGCAAAAAAGUCCGGUGUCGAUGAUCGACCCGUCGCAACUCCUCCGUCCAGAGGCGACGUUCAACGACAAGCCAAUCGACGCGUUUCGAGACUACUCCGUGGACGAUGCUGACCCCAUCAAGGAGCGCGUGCGCAGGACUUACUACACAAUGCACACCAACGUUACAGUGGAACUGGUUAAACAGAAACGCGACAAAUGGUUGAACUUCAACCACUUCAAGUCAACGGUGAAGGAUGCGUUGAUCAAGCUGAACGAGCUGGUGGAUGAAUCGGAUCCCGACACGGAUCUGCCAAACAUCGUACACGCCUUCCAGACCGCCGAACGCAUCCGCCAGGAUCACCCCGAUGAGGACUGGUUUCAUCUCACUGGAUUGAUACACGAUUUGGGCAAGGUAAUGGCAUUCUACGGCGAGCCGCAGUGGUGCGUGGUGGGUGACACAUUCCCCGUCGGCUGCAAGUGGGCCGACUCCAUCGUGUACGGUCCGGAGAGUUUCAAAGAUAACCCGGAUACUUACAACCCAAAAUAUAACACCAAGUACGGAAUGUACCAGCCACAUUGUGGACUGGACAACUUGCUGAUGUCCUGGAGCCACGACGAGUAUCUCUACCAGUUCCUGCUUCACAACAAGUCCAAGCUGCCUGAAAAGGGGCUUUACAUGAUAAGGUAUCACUCCUUCUACCCGUGGCACGCCGGGGGGGACUAUCGCCAUUUAACUAACGAAAAGGAUGAACAGAUUCUUCAGUGGGUGCUGGAGUUUAAUAAAUACGAUCUCUAUACCAAAAGUGAAAAGGUGCCAGAUAUUGAUGCUCUGUGGCCCUACUACGAAAAACUUAUAGAGAAAUACAUUCCCGGAGUCUGUGAGUGGUGA